AUGUCCUACAAUGGUCGCAAGCUGAAGUACUUUGUAGAUGACUCGGAUGGGUGGCUUCGCCGGAACCAGCAGGUGGCCGAGCAGUUUGUAAUGGCUGAAGACGAUAGGGAGAGAAAGGAGAUGCUGAGCCUAAUGGCACCGCAGGUCCACUUUGCGAGCUUCUGGGGUGUAGUGCGUGGGCUGCCAGCGGUAGUAGCGCUGCAGGCACAGGAGAACGAGCAUCUGCGCAUCACGUGGACCUCUGGGCUGCAACCUUUGACAUCCCGCACAUUUGCUCGUAACGGGUAUGUGCAUGUCCUUGACAGAGAGCGUAUGGUGGCCAUCCCCAUUCUCGGGCCGUGGAUCUCUUCCUUUUUCCAGAGGCCGGUGCAAGAGCUGCUUGUUGUUCGGGAAGGCCGCGUGGUGUUCCGUAGUAUGGGCUAUGUCUGGGAUAUCGGCAAGCAUUAG